AGCACACCCUACAGCUAAAAAGCAGAAGUAGCUUCACAAAAGCAAGCACCCAAAACUUCCUUCAAAAGACUUUUUCGGCUGAGAGUUUCUCUUGUCUAUAGAUCCUUUCUAUGUCUCUAAACUGGAUGCAGAUGCUUUCCUCCAUCUGUCUCCACCAUUCCUCAAAGUCCUAUCCGAAAGAUCCCUAGCGGCAGCAUCCAAGUUUUAGACUCUUGCUCAAAUUUUCUUCAUCCAUGCACAGUGCCAUGGAGCCAAAAAGGUAUUGGAUGUGGAGUAGAAGGAAACUGGGCGAUAGGGCUCUCAGCUCCCAGAUCCCUCUCAUCUCUGUGAGCUCUUCUUACAGCAAGUCGUGGGAAGAGCAAGCCUUUGCAGAAGACUCUGCAGGCCACUUAGGUGGCUGCAUAUGGCCUCCGAGAUCCUACACAUGCAGCUUUUGUAGACGAGAAUUCCGAUCUGCUCAAGCUUUGGGCGGUCACAUGAACGUGCAUCGGAGGGAUCGAGCAAGGCUCAAACAAUCUUCAAGCCCUUCCAGCGAACCCCUUGAGAAUAGUCAGCAUCAUCAUCUUACUCCUCGUAUGCCACCAAUGGGCACACAAUAUCCACCCCAGACUGGAUCUCUGGUAUACAACUCUAACCCUAAACCUAACCCUAAUUGUGGUGUUCCAGAAUCAUCUCUCUCCCCUAAGAUUUCAGCAGCUUCCACCCAAGAAAAAUUGAGUGAGCACACCUCAAACUCUCCUUCCUAUUCUGCAUGCGUUGUUCGAGAUGACCUGAAGGAAUCCCUUUUCUCUACCACCGGACGCCCCAAAAAUUCAUCAACUAGUACUCUCCGACUAUUUACCAUCCCAGAAUUAAAGCUUCGACGAGAAAGUUUGAGGUUAAGAGAAUUAGGUUGUCGGGCACGAAGAGAUCCACAUGAUGAGGAUGAAGCCAUCGGCAUAAAGAAACGGAGGACCGAUCCAGCCUCUCCCUUAUUUGUGAAACCAUAUUCAGCUGACCCGCAACAAGUCAAAUCCGAGACACUGAAAUUUAGCCCCCGACCUGUUGAAGAAUUAGAUCUGGAGCUUAGGCUCGGAAGACCCCCCUGAAGUUAAGUAAAAUUGCAUAUCCCUUGUGCUUAAAUGAACAUACUUCUUCCCUUUAUGUUCAUCCCAAUCGUCUCCUCCUUAGUUUUUAAUCUUCAUCUUCCUCUGUUUCCCUCUCAUCUUCAGUGAAAGGCCCUUUUCCAUCUUCAGAGUGAAUGCUUGAAUUUUAAAGUUUCUAUUUGGUCAAAAAUUGUAACCAUAUCGAUGUGCCGAAUAUUGGAAUGAAAUUUUACUUUCUACAAAAAAGAGUUGCUUGCAUUUUUAUUAUGAUAAUAUAUAGUCUUCUUUCGUA